AUGCACCGAAGCGGAAAACUCGGGGCCCUGGUCAGGGCCAAUGCAAGCGGACAAGUGACCUGUAUUCUCAACAGGGUGGAUCCGACAAUGCUGCAGCGCCGGUUGCCACAAGGCACUCAAGUAAAGCUCGGCGCCUCACAACAGCAUUUGGACAGACUUGGCGCUCGUCGCUGUCUGUUGGUGAGGAAGAUCUGUCAAAAAGGUGAGCUGUGCCACUUCGAAAAUGCCUGUAUCCACUGA